AUGACACCAGUAAAAAUGCUGAUGGUGGAGGGCAUACCCAGAAAUGAUGGAGGCUAUCAUUCGACAGAAGCUGCAACUAAAUCCCCAGCUGUAAAAAUACAGCCAAUUGCAGUCCUUUCUAUUUCGGUGGUUGAACUGAAGGAAGUUACCAGUAACUUUAGCACUGAGUCACUUUUAGGGGAAGGAUCAUAUGGAAGAGUGUAUUAUGGAAACCUUAGCAAACAACCAGAUGAUGAAUUUUUAGCUCAGGUGUCUAUGGUUGCAAGGCUAAAACACGAAAAUUUUGUGGAACUACUUGGUUAUUGUGUUGAUGGAAAUCAACGUGUUUUUGCGUAUGAUUUUGCAUCUAAUGGAUCUCUUCACGACGUCCUUCAUGGUAUUAAGAGUGCUUCCACGCUUCUUAUAUUUAAUGAUUGUAGCAUUUUUCAAUCUAGUGAGUUUGUUAUCGUUAUCCCACAUAUGAUUCUGUUCUUUGCCUUUGGUUUGACUUGCAGAAAUUCUGGCCUCCUCAUAUUUAGAUGUUCACCCUAUUGGCAUAUAGAAAAUGGCCCUAUGUACGCAAUGACGGAACAGCUCAACUCGAAAAGUGAUGUAUACAGCUUUGGUGUUGUUCUUCUAGAACUUCUCACUGGGCGCAAACAUGUAGAUCACACAUUACAUCGUGGACAACAGAGUUUAUGGGUUACACCAAAACUGAGUGAAGACAAGGUCCGACAAUGCAUCGAUGGUAGACUUGGGGGUGAGUAUCCGCCUAAGGCUAUGGCUGCUGUUGCCGCACUGUGUGUACAUUAUGAAGCUGAUUUCCGGCCAAACAUGAGCAUUGUGGUCAAAGGACUCCAGCCUCUUUUAAAUACUCGACCAGGACCAUCUGGUGAAAGUGGGUGA